AACCACUCACUACAGCUUUUCUCCAACAAGCCUUGGACAACCAGUCGCAAAAGCUGAUCUCAAUCUGGCAGACCAGUGUUGCUGAAAUCAAACAGGACCUGCACAAACUAGGAUCCCGCAUGGCACACGUUGAGACAAAGAUGAAGAAACUCGUAGAUGCGAAUAAAUCCUCUGCAGAGCAGAUACGAUCCCUCACUACGCAAUUGAGCCAAUGUGAAACAAAGAUUAUGGACCUAGAGGACAG